GUGGCUGAAAUCCUCCGGGUCUUCAGUGAGCCAAGGCACCAGCAGCAGGAGGCCGCUCUGCUGAGCAGGAGGACUGUGUUCAUCUCUAAAGCGUGUGGUUAGUGACCAAUACAUUAUUGCCUGCCCUUUCACGAUGAAGGCCAUGGAGGAUCAAGUAGUCCAAGAAGAACUAGGGUACCAGGAUGAUGAGGAAUCCUUUUUCCAGGAUAUUGACCUGCUACAGAAACAUGGAAUUAACGUGGCAGAUAUUAAAAAACUGAAGUCAGUUGGGAUCUGCACUAUCAAAGGAAUCCAGAUGACCACAAGACGGGCACUAUGCAAUGUAAAAGGGCUUUCAGAGGCCAAAGUGGACAAGAUUAAAGAAGCUGCAAACAAGCUCAUUGAACCAGGCUUCCUGACUGCCUCUGAGUACAGUGAAAAACGCAGGAUGGUAUUUCAUAUUACUACUGGCAGCCAGGAAUUUGACAAACUUCUGGGAGGUGGGAUUGAAAGCAUGGCAAUCACUGAGGCCUUUGGAGAGUUCCGGACAGGCAAAACCCAACUAUCUCACACCCUUUGUGUGACAGCUCAGCUUCCAGGACAGAAUGGCUACACAGGUGGAAAGAUCAUCUUCAUUGAUACUGAAAACACUUUCCGACCAGACCGUCUUCGUGACAUUGCUGAUCGCUUCAAUGUGGACCAUGAUGCAGUACUUGACAACGUGCUCUAUGCACGUGCAUACACUAGUGAACAUCAGAUGGAAUUGCUUGACUAUGUAGCAGCCAAAUUCCACGAGGAAGCUGGUAUCUUCAAACUACUGAUCAUCGACUCUGUAAUGGCACUAUUCCGUGUGGAUUUCAGUGGUCGUGGAGAGCUGGCUGAACGGCAACAGAAGCUGGCUCAGAUGCUGUCUAGGCUCCAAAAAAUAUCAGAAGAAUAUAAUGUGGCUGUGUUUGUGACCAACCAGAUGACUGCUGAUCCAGGAGCAACCAUGACCUUUCAGGCAGACCCAAAAAAGCCCAUUGGGGGCCACAUCCUUGCUCAUGCUUCAACUACCAGGAUUAGCUUGAGGAAAGGGAGAGGGGAGCUGCGUAUCGCAAAGAUAUAUGACAGCCCUGAGAUGCCAGAAAAUGAAGCCACAUUUGCAAUAACUGCUGGAGGAAUCGGAGAUGCCAAAGAAUAAGCAGAAAACCAAU